AGUGACUCCAGUGCUGGGCUUCCACGGUAAAAAUAAUGUAAUGGCUUUGCAGUAAACAGAAUGAUGUCUCAGCGAGACAGAGGGGAAUUUGCCCGAUUUUACACUGUUACGGACCCCAAGAAACACCAGAAGGGAUAUACUGUUUACCAAGUCACUGCCAGGAUCAUCUCCAGAAGUAAUCCUGAGGAUGUGCAAGAGAUAAUUGUCUGGAAGAGAUAUAGUGACUUUAAGAAGCUGCACAAGGACCUUUGGCAGAUACAUAAAAAUCUAUACAGGCAAUCAGAACUCUUUCCACCCUUUGCCAAAGCCAAAGUUUUUGGCCGCUUUGAUGAGACUGCGAUUGAGGAGAGGCGACAGUGCUCUGAAGAUCUGCUCCAAUUCUCUGCCAACAUCCCUGCUCUCUUUAACAGCAAGCAAUUUGAAGACUUUUUCAAGGGUGGAGAGGUUCAUGAUGGCUCGGAGUUGAUUGGCCCUGCUGAGCCCUUUUUUGACUUUGUUGCAGACAGUUUAUCAGACUGCAGUUCAGAAGUUCAGAAAGAUUUAAGUGGCAUUGAUGAUUUGACAUUUACCAGUCAAUCAGAAUAUGGAGGCCUCUCGAGUGACGGUGAUCUGAUAUCUUUGCUAGUGGACACAGACUCUGUUGCUGAGCUUGAUGAUGGAAUGGCCUCAGCUAGGGACUCUCCAAACAAGCUGCUGGGUGGCCCGUCUCCCGAACCUGCAGGAAAGGAGUCUGUCAGCUAUGAUCCGGAGAUGAGCAGAAACGGUGCAGAGGCAGGCAGCAGGGGGGCACUCUUCACUAGCAGCCUGAAGACCAAAACGGGGAAGAAAGACUACCUAGAUAAGGCGGACGAGCUGAUAAAGCUGGCUCUGCAGAAAGAAGCUGAACAAGACUAUGAGGGGGCCUUCUCUUUCUACAGAAGUGGAGUGGAUCUGCUUCUCCAAGGAGUUCAAGGUGAGCCUAGCCCCACACGACGUGAAGCAGUGAAGAAGAAAACAUCAGAGUACAUAAUGCGAGCAGAACAAAUCUCCAAUCGGUACCUAAAAGCUUCAACAGAAAAUGGAUCAAUAGAGACCACUCCUCCAGGACAGCUAAGUUCAAGGCCCACUUGGAACCUGAGGAGCCCUGCAGAGGAACUGAAGGUCUUCAGAGUCCUCGGGGUGAUUGACAAGGUGUUACUGGUCAUGGAUAAAAGAACGCAUGAGACUUUUAUUUUAAAAGGUCUGAGGAAAAGUAGUGAGUGCAGCAGGAACAAAAAGACUGUCAUCCCCCACUGUGUGCCCAACAUGGUGCGUCUGCAUAAGUACAUCAUCUCAGAGGAUUCCAUAUUCCUUGUGCUGCAGCACGCAGAAGGUGGGAAGCUAUGGUCCUAUGUGAGCAAGUUCCUAAACAAAAGCCCAGAAGAAAGUUUCGACAACCCCUAUGUUGAAAGAUCCCAUCCUCCAGUAGUCCAUAGUGUUGAAGAAUUAUUUCCUGGCUUAGAAGUAGGAGGCAGUAGCAUUGAAUCAGGAGGGCAAGGUGAUGGCAAAACAUUGCAGGUGCUGCCCAUAAAGACCAGCCUGACUCCCAGCUCCCAAGAAGACAGCAGCACUCAGGAUGAGGAUGGCCAGGACAACUCUCAUGGGUUACUUGACUCAGGGGCCUCAUCUGAAGAGGAAUGCACUAAUAGUUACUUAACAUUAUGUAAUGAGUAUGAACAGGAGAAGAUAGAACCAGAAUCAUUGUCUGAGGAGCCACUGCUGAAAUCCGAAGAUGACAGCGAAAGCUCACACGUAGGGGCACAAUGCUCAAGACCUCAUUCCCUGCUCAGCAAUGACAGCCUGUGUUCCCCAAUCACGGCUCAGGAACUUAAGUUCUUUACUGAAGAUGCAAACCCUGAAGUGUUUAGUCCAACCAAGACCACGGAUUCACUGAACCAGUCUAAAAAGAGCCCUAUGGAGUUUUUCCGGAUAGAUAGUAAAGACAGUGCCAGUGAUCUUGUGGGUCCUGACCUUGGUGACAAGCUUCCAAGCUUGAAAUCAGAACCAAUAAAAAAUAUCCAUCCUGUGCCUGAUGCCAAAUCAAGUGGAGGUCCUAUUGACACUGUUGAAAUAAAAGGAGGCGUGGCAAACUUUGUAAUUGUAGAUAGUGAUAGAGGAUCCAAUGAGUCAGUUCCUGUUAUCUCAUUCCAAGAUGCUGCUUUUGGAGAUACAGGAAGUUGUGAUGAAGGCAGACCUGACCUCCUAGUGAACUUGCCAGGUGUUUCCGAUUCUUCGGAAGAAAAACCGACUUUGUCCAAAAGUUGCCUCGUAGAUGAGGCGAAAGGAUCCCUUACGUUUGGAAAGCCUGAUGUUUUGCAACUUAAUCACAGUUUAGGCCAAGAAUUUACUCUUAAAGGAACACUAAAUGACUCUGGCAGAGCAAUCUCAAAUAAUUCAGGUACCACUAAUGAAAAGGACUUGUCAAGUAACUGUGGUACUGGUACUACAAUGCAAUUAGAGAAAGAUCAGUCUCCUCUUUUAGGUUUAAAAACAAAAAAUGAAACUAUGUUUGAUAGUUUUGAUUCUUUUUCUCAGGAACAGGUCACACCAGCUUCUUUAGAACUUCAUACAUCACACAUGGACACUCUGACCGUGGACGUCUGUGAAAUUUCCAGUGUGCCUCCACUGAGUUUACGUAAACCAACUGGUUUAGAUGGAGAUAUAGGAAAUUCUGAAAGUCAGGUCCUGCUUUUUGUUGAGGAGCGCCAGAAUAACAUCAAAGAUGAAGAGUCAAAUGCUUCAGGUCCCUGUAAAGAAAGAGUGGCUGGGGACAAAGAAGUUUCUCAGAUCUUCAAGGAUCUAGAUGAACUUUUAGUGCUAGCUUCCCAAGCGCACAUUCCAGAGAUGCUCAUUCAGCGCUGGGCAGUGGGCUUGGUUGUCGCCCUUGAUGCACUUCACAGAGAAGGAAUUGUAUGCCGUGAUUUGAACCCAAACAACAUCUUAUUGAAUGACAGAGGAGACAUUCAACUAACGUAUUUCAGCAAGUGGAGUGAGGUUGAAGAAUUCUGUGACUGUGAUGCCAUAGACAGAAUGUACUGCGCCCCAGAAGUUGGAAGCAUAUGUGAAGAAACUGAAGCAUGUGAUUGGUGGAGUUUGGGAGCCCUUUUAUUUGAACUCCUUACUGGAAAGUCACUGUAUCAGUGCCAUCCUUCAGGAAUCAAUAGACACACAUCUCUAAACAUGCCAGACUAUGUUUCAGACGAGGCCAAAUCUUUGGUACAGCAGCUUUUACAGUUUAACCCCAUUGAGAGACUUGGAACAGGAGUAGCCGGGGUGGAGGAGAUUAAAUCUCACCCAUUCUUCAGCACGGUGGACUGGCCAAGCUAGCUGAGUGGAUCGCUUGGAUAACAGUGUAUCAUUAGCCCCAGCUGAUGAACUAAGCCACAUAGAAAUAAAACCUGCCAUACAUACACAAGAGAACACAUGAAUACCGUAAAAACCGGUGUAUAAGUUUCCCCCCUUUUUAGCACCCCCUAAAAUACAUAGAUAAUACUUAUACAAAGGUUUUUACAGUAAAUAUGCUAUUAUCUGUGUAAUUGUAAUAUUGCAUCAAUAAUGAUAAUGAUUCAUGGUUUUGCUUGAGUUCUGAAGUAACGAAUUGUACUAUUUAAAUACAUUUAAAUUUCUGCAGAAAGACUGUGCAUACAGCUCUGUAUCAGGUGCAACAACUUGCAUACUUAGUAGACAUUAUAGAUUUAAAAAUACUUAUUGUGUGCAGACAUGCUAAAAUCAGAUCUUCAUCCUAAUACCAAACUUUUUUUAAAAAAUAAAUUAAUAUAACAGCCUAUAAACUGAACACUCUAACUUUCUGAAAUUGAGUUUACACAAGUUACUAUACAGAUUAAAAAAUGUAAACACAGAUGUUCACAUGCCACUGGCCAACACUAUGCCAUUACUUAAAGGACUGGUAUCUGCCAUGUACAUUUUCUAAUGAGAUUAAUUACCCUUUCAUAUCUGUUCUGUAUGAUUCUGUAUUGAAGUUUAAAGACUGCAGAGCUCAUCUGAGAAAGGCAGACUUAGUUUUACAGCAAUUGUAAAGUAGGCCACAUCAGUCACCAGCAAAGUGCUGGUGCUAAGAAUCUUAUUGUUAUUAACUUAAUGAAAUGAUUGACUCCCACGGCUGGUUUUUUUCCCCCCACAUAAAAUGGUCCCUUUCUUUAGUUGCAGAGAGCACUGUAUAGAGAGUACAUAAUUUUCAUAGGAUUGUUUAUUUAAAAAAAAAUCAAAUGUUAUGAAAUUACCUCAACUUUAUAUUCACUUAUGAACACAAUAGGGGCACUGGGACGUGUAGCACUAAUUGAAAUGUGUGGUCGUUUUGGUAACUAAGGUCUACCAAUAUGUUGCUGCUUCCUUCAGACGCUUUGAUUCUUAUAGAGGUUUGCCGUAGGGGUGAAGUUAACUGGAAUGUAAAUGAAAUUACAUUAUCUUCAAUAUGCAGUUCUGAAGGUGCGCUUUGAAUUAAAAUGAUACUUAACAGCCUAUCAAUGUGUACCACUCUUAUUUUAUCAAUCGAACCACAGGUAUUUUAUCUGUUUAACUAAAUUGCCUCCGUUUCAGAAUCUAGAGCCAAAAGACCUUUCAGCUAUAUUACUCUCUGGAGUCAGUUGUGAGUAUGAAUGGUCAUUUAUUUAGUACAUCCCUCCAAUAAUCUGCUCAAAUGGCAGCCAAUUCAACCAACUGAUAGUGUAAAGUACCUUAACGCUAGCCUGCACUCUGUAGAGGGAGGCGUAGCCAUCGUCUGAUUGGUAUACCUUGGUAUAUACAAAAAAAAUAAUUGUGUGUUUGUAUAUAUGCAGUUAACCAGAUUCUUUUAAAAUAUCUAAGGGGAGAAGUCGCAAAUUGGCACAUUCAUUGUACUGAAUGACACUGAUCAUGUCACAGGACCUUUUAUAAAAAUGUUGUGCACCUUGUACAUGACUGUAUAUAACUUAUAAGAGUGACUGUGCAAUUGACAUUGUGACAUAGCUGAACUUUAUAGUAAUUCACUAAAUAUGUAUGUACUGUAACAGUGUGGGGAGAAAAGUAUCAGUAUUUUAUUAUUAUUUGUGUAUUAUUAUACUAAACACACUAUAUGGAGCAGUAGUCAGUCUUGAAAGUUAAAGUAAAUCUUAAUAAAUUUAUGAAUGAAAAGAGUGUGUCCGUUUUGAAUGGGAAUGGAGAGUGGCGGCAGUCUGGUGUUAAAGUCUGAGCCUUGUGACCAGUGGCUGACUGGAUUAAAUCACAGUGACAGUGAUGCUGACACUCACAGCUGCUGACAAGAGCACUUCUGAGUAUCACUGCUUGACUGUAACUGGCAAGACAGAGUAGUGGAGCUGCCCUGGGGCCUGGAUAAUACUACCCAGCAUUGACAAGCUGCAGUUUUUCUUGGGGUGCAAGCCAUUCUCCUGGUAAACUAGUCUCUGGAAGACAACUAACUUGUGCAUAUCAGGUGUUUCAUCAUAUAGUGAAAAUAAUGUCAUCCAUCCUAACAUUUACCAGAUAUGUACAAUUGCUACAACAGUUAGCUUUUCAAAGUGUGCUACAAUGUACUUUUAAUGAUCUUAAGUAGCGUUUCAUCUCAAUACCACUGCCCUUUAGAAGAAUAUUACAUUCUGAUUUAUUGAAGACCCACUCCUAUAAAACCUACUGUGUCUAAAACCACUAUCGAAUCAUAUUUAAUAGAAAUAAAAUAUGUUCUUGCUUAGUGAUUUAUGACUCGUAUGCAAAUAUGAACUACUGACUGAGUAAAAAUGCAAUUUGAUGUAUAUGUUAAGGAAUCUUGAUAAUGAAGGUUGGAGCAGGAAUGCUGCCUUUCACAAAAUUGAACGGAUGUACCAUUUGCAGAAAUGAACCAUUUUAUUGCAGCAUUCUUAUUUUUUCAUAAAUGUCGAGUCCUAUGUAGGCCUAUCUUUAACAACUUCUGUUCUCUGUAUGUUGUUUAGCAUUGAGAUGUGGUAAAUAUUAAAGUCUGACAUUGUUUAAAGAUGGCACUGACAUAAAAAAUAAAAAAAUAUUCAAAGUAAGAAAAAUUAUGCGAAAAACAGCAACAGUCUAGUUCAUUUCUGCAAAAAAUACCCUAUCGUAGGUACAUUAAACAUGAAACAACUUCUAUAGUAAAUACAUUUUUGGUUGUCAUUUGUAGGCAAAAUUCCCCUGUUAAAGACUUGUCUUGCUUUUGCACUUGCUUCAAAAUGUGCCCCCCCCCCCCUUUUGCAAGAGUGUACUAGGGGGUGUACAGUAUAUUGAGCCACUAAUUAUUGGAAAGAUAUACAACAGAUGUCCAUAUAAAUAUAACAGUUUUUUUCUGACAGAAGAAAUUAGUUAUACUGCAUGAAAUAAAGUAUCUGAGAACCCCCUGCUGCUGCUUGAUUCACUGCUUUCAUAAAAAUACCCAUCAUACCUGUCUCAAGAUACCCACUGCCUGUUUUUUCUGUCUGGAGGCUUUUUACCCUUCUGUGGGGAGUCUUAACCUGGGAGCCAUUGGAGGUCUCAUUGUACCAUACCUGGUAGUACACCAAUGUGAUUAGAUUUGACUUUUUCCUCUUUCUCAUGUAUCUAUUGAUCACUUUUCCCAGUUGGAGCUGCUCACUUGAAGUAUAGCUCUAAUUCAUUUGGUGUUUGUUUUCCACUAAUGCAAUUCAGAUUCAACCUGGACUGCUUCUAAAUGACUCAAGCAGUGGCUAGGGUUUUCCUGGCUACUUUAUGACAUGUAGUAUACAGCUCACAGAUUAUGAUUCGGAUACAGUAUAUUUAAAUCAAAUUUGGGAUAUCUUUUUAUUUGUGUAUUUUGAAAAAUAAAAUUGAUUCAGACCUGUAAAUGUGAAGCCAGAGCCAGUCAAGAAAAAAAGAAAGGCUGCCUUGGAAUUGCAUAAUGAAAGGGCAUUUAAGUGCCAUUCUGAUGAAAAAAUAAAACAUGGCAGAUAACCACAUCUUUUAAAAUUUAUAGAACAGCUUUUUUAAAGUGCCUUCAUUAAGAUCAAUCGGUGCUUUCAAUAACUAAAGUUUGGUGAAAGUCUGCGCAAUAUGUAGUGUGUAUUAUUAAUAGAAACAUACUGCUGUUUUCCAUUAAAAAUGCAAUACACCUUAAUCAUAACAAUAUGAUGUCACUUCCUCCUUGUCUUGUGGUCAGAACAGUGUUUGCAGGUUAUACAGGAAACCAGUACAGACCAGACCAACAAACAACUGCUCUGCAUGUAAAAUAGGUAAUUGAUGCUCCAGUUUUUGUUUUACUUGUUACAUAUAUUAUACAUAAUUUCCUCUAUUCAUUAAAUCAUCAAGUUUUCUUCUCGUAAUUUACAGUAAAACGGGUGUCUCCUGGAGAAUUAGAUAACACGAUGGCUCUCAACUAAAGUAGUGUAAUGUGAUCUCUGUUGAUUAUCCACACUCCAAUGUGGUGAUUAGGCUCCUUCUCCUGUUUUUGAAAUGAAGAUUCUAACAUUUCAUGUUUAAUAGUAAGGACUGCCAAGUUAUGUAUACCAUCACAAGUAAAUAUUGAAUCCCAAGUGAGUCUGUCUUUUAAUCUCAUUAUUCUGCUAAUUACUUCAGCUAAUUACUGUGAACUCAUCCUGUUGAGAUAUAUUGUUUGCUGCAAAAGGCAGUUGCUGAAUUUGAUCGAACUUUGCAUGGCCUUGUGUUAAAAUACAUUUUUUUCCACAUUUUUACACUUAGAUCACAUGACAGGUGUAUUAAGGGUUAUUGAUAUUUAACUUAUUUAUAUUCAUAUUUAUGUACUGUGUGUUUCUUUCUUAGUUUAUGUUAAGGUGAAUUUGUGAAGAUACAUGUAACAUGUUUUGUUUGUCAAAUAAAUACAAUACAAAAUG